GUUUCUACUGAGGAAGGUGAGCGAAAGGCAAAGGAGCUUAAUGUGAUGUUCAUAGAGACAAGUGCAAAAGCAGGAUACAAUGUGAAGCAGCUGUUCCGACGAGUGGCCGCAGCUUUGCCUGGUAUGGAAUCUACUGAAAAUAAGAAGGUUGAUAUGACAGAGGUCUUACUCCGAGACUCCGAAAAUACAACGGAAAUCGGGAGGACAUCAGAUGGUGGGUGUGCUUGCUAGGAGCUACUCACCUAUUCACCUUAUGGUUACCAAAUCAUCGUCCACCUCUUCCGCCCAUUCUGCCUGCCUGCCAGACCUGUCAACUUUCCACAAGGGGUUGCAAGAAUGAUAAGCUAUCAUUAGGUUGUGCUUUAUUCUGCCUUGCAUCAGUGAUAAUCCACACAGUAGCUUCCUUAGUGUGUGACUUGUUUAAGUUAUUAUUCUGUGGUAAUCAGAAUUUAUGGCAGUACAUAAAAAAAACAUGUUCAGAAGAUAUUUGAACAUUUUAUUGCUGUAUUAUGCCUUUAAAAUAAACUAUUACUGCAGCUGUACCUCUGUACAUACCACCUACUGUAUUUAAAUUUGCAGUUGCUAAGGUGAAACAUGCUUAAACAUCACUUGGUAUACUUUCUGUAAUGUUCAUUAUUAGUGGGAGUAGUAGUCACCUUCACCAUAUGAACAAAUCAAUGUAAAUAUGGAUAUUGAUCCUUGAGUAAUAGUUAAUCUUGGUUGUCCAAAUUAGACAUAAGUGCAGAACAGACUUAAUGUCUGAUGCAAUGUGGGUUAGCAUUGUGUACGUAUAUAAUACAUACUAUAGUGUGUGUGUGUGUGUGUGUGUGUGUGUGUGUGUGUGUACAUUAUGUACACACACACACACAGCCAGUAGCUCGGACUCGACC